GAGAAACUUCGAGUACCGUUGGCCGAGACACACGAAGUCCUGAGCAUCACGGCAUGCCCUCAGAUGUUGGGGUGGCCGGUUCGGAGGACUCGAGUGUUCAGUGCUGGAGUGAACCGUAGCUCCAUGGUUUGGCUGGGUCCAACUGACCCAGAUGAGCUUCAGCGUCAUUUUGAGAGUUUCUUCAAAUGCACCAUGAAUGUCACCGCAGAUUGCUUCCUGGUGGCCAGUGAUUCAGAGAUCCAUGCGGAACAGCGGCGUUUGGCAAAGUUGCGUGGUCACUGUGUUUCUGCAGAUUCGAGUGCUGUUCUUAUGCCCAAACACCAAGUCUAUGCUCCGGGCCAGCUUCUGCGAUUUCAAGGGUAUGAUGAGAAGCGGCCGACAGGGUCGUCCACAUGGUUUGCAGAUUUGGAGCAGGCCCCUGGACGAGGGGCGAGCACACCGGGGGUUAUUUUACCUUCGAUGUUGACCCACGGGACCAUACAUGCAUGGACCCCUGACAGGGUCGUGACUUCUCCGGAACUGUUUUUGGGGCACGGAUUUAACUUCUAUCCGUCUGCAACUGAAUGCGAGUCCACGUGUGCAAUUGCUCCUUUCUUGCGCAAGCUCCCCGUGAAAGAUCAAAAGGUCUUUCUCGGGAACGGAUGGCAUUUGCCGACCAUGGCCACAUGGGUCUUCUACGUACUUUGUCACUGUUGCAAGAUCGACAGAGGCCAGGGUUUCAACAUCCAGGCCGAGAAAAAUUUUCUGCAGCGAGGUGGCACAAGCAUGCUCGAUGAUGAUGAAGAAGAGCAUGAAGAGGGCCAUGCUUCAGGCGUUCCUGAUGGUGCGAAGCCCCCGGCCUCAAAAGCUCCCUCAAAGCGCAAGAGGGAAGCGGGCUCCAGAGGUGUGAAGCAAGCGGAGGCAGGCAAGACAUGCUUUGUCAAGUCUUGUGAGGACGACAAGUUGGUGGGCAAAAAAUGGUGUUGCCGCCACAACCGCUUGUAUGACAACCUUUGGACCCAAGCCAAGAAAAGCAACGAGACAGCAGCUGUACAGCAGGCCAUGAGCACCCCAGAAGGUGCCGAUCAUGCGUUGAGUGACUUUGAGCGCGACAACCCGCCGCAUGCCAAGUAUGCGAGGAAAUCCAUCAUUCAGUGGGGACAGUUCAAGCGAGUCCAUGUGGUCUCGCAGUGCACCCGCACCCGCAACGGUUGCAAGCCGUACGAGUGGAAGCAAUGGUUGAAACGAUGCGAGCAGAAGAUGGGAUGGGCGGCAGCAGAUGCCAAAAGAUUGUGGAACCAGUACACGCAGGAGAUUGACAAAGACCAUGAGGGGUUGAACGGUGCCAUCAGAUUGUGGAUUCCCACCAUCGAAGCCACACACAACGACACCGACCGGUCGCGGACCUUCGCCUUUGAGGAUGAGAAGAAGCGAAAGCGGCUGGAGAAGUUGGCAAGAGGCCCGGCAUUCGAGGCACACAAGGCCACCAUGGUGCACAAGCUCAAGGAGAAGAUGAAAGGUUUGGACAACCUGAUGGCCACCGUCGGCGGGAAAAUCCAGGAGGCCCAUGCCGAGAUGGCCAACGACAAGCAGGAUGCCGUGAAGCUGUCGUACCUCAAAGCUAUGGAGGCCGGCACGGCCUUGUUGGAGGUUUGGAAGACGGAGGUCGAACUCCCGGCUUGCGAGGGCAAGCCUGAGGAGCUCAAGGACUUGCCCGAGGUUGUUGCUCGUGCCCAAACGGCUUUCUGCGACAAGUGCGAACUGCUCAAGGAUCUUGUUCAACCUGUGAACAGCAAGGCGACUUGCUUCACACGUGCUGCCCUGGGUUGGUUCCGUUCGAUCAGCGAGAAGACCACCUGCAUCUUUUUGCUGGAGCGCAUUGCGACGGAGAUGAAGGACCACGCAGCUGUGAUUGACCAGUUUGCCAGGGGGCUGCAAAAAGUUGCAACCGAUGCCAAGAACUUCCAGAGCCAGCAGAAGCGAAAGGCGCAGCAGGACGAGGCAAAGAAGAAGCGAGAAGAAGAAAAGAAAGCUGCUUCAGAGGCCACCGCUUUGGCCAAGGCGGCAGCAAAGAAAGUGAAGAGCGGUUCGAAAGGCGGACACGAGAUCUUCAGGGUUCCUGCCGACAAGUGGGGGCAGAUGACAGAGCUGUCAUCCUUGGAGAGCAUCGGAAAUCACAUUGACGAGCCCUGGGUCCUUCGAUCAAGCAGUGCUGUGGAGACUUGGAAGACCUUGGACGUGGUUGCCGUGCGACUGUCUGAGUUCGCCUCACUUUACAAGAAGGGUGCAGGCUUCAAGGCCGAGCAGCGUGCACAGGCAAUCAUUGCUGCCAAGCAGGGCAAGGAGGAAACAUCGUCCUUGUUCGCGAAGUUCAUUCCCUCCGACAAGAUGCUCGACAUCGAGGCCGUGCCAGGGGAAACGGACUUCAUGGCCAAUGUUUGGCACUUCGGUUAUGCUUUGGAAGCCGUAGAUUCGCCCAUGUCUGUGCCUGGUGCUGAAGAGUUCGGGCAAGAUGCAGAGAUGGCUUCGCAGCUCCCUCAAGCUGCAAUGGGUUCUCAGGCGGCUCAGGCCGCGCAGGCUGCAAAUGCUUCUGGGGGUGCGUCUCCUGGUGGUGCUACGCAAGCAGAGCAACAGCUAGUGAUGAUUUUGGCUUCGUUGCAGCAAAAUCAGCAAGCGAUUUUACAGAUGAUGAGAGAUCAGUCAGAUCAGCGUGCUCAGGCUCAGAGUUCUCUUGAGAGUCUGCGUGGGAAGGAUUUGACAAAGGUCCUGAAUGCCCCAAGUCCUUUUGAAGCAAAGACUAGAGACGAAGAAUUGGCUCGAUGGGCCAACUGGAGCUGGGGACUUGAGUCAUGGAUCAUCACUUUGGACCAUGGCUUUGCUGCGGGUAUUGAUUUGAUCAAGGCGCAAGGAAGCAACGAGAUCAAGAUGUCUUCUCUCAGCCUGAAGGAUCAAGAAAGGUCGCAGUUGAUGUUUGGUAUUCUUUCAGGCUUGUUGCAUGAGCGUGGGAAACGAUUGCUUCGAUCGAUUCCAGAUCGAAAUGGAUACGAAGCCUAUAGAUCUUUGCUUGUAGACCUCCUUCCUGGCAGCAGAUCUCGAAUGCUUGCAUUGCUACAGAUGAUUAAUCAAUGGCCAUCGUUUGAUCACAAACAAGGGUAUUCACAGCAGAUGAUGAAGCUUGAAGCGGCGUUCAACGAAUACGACUCCCAAAGCUCUACUCCUCUUAGUGAAGACAUCAAGAUUGCAUGCUUGCUGAGAUGUGUAACAGGGCAACUGAAACAACAUUUGAACGUUGCUGUGACAGAGAAAACAAGGUAUGCAGACCUUCGCUCCUUGGUUUUGCGUUGGGACAAUGCUCAAACACGCUGGGACACCGCAGUUGCAGCUACGUACUCGUUGGGGGAUGGUCGUGGUGCUGCAGGGUUCCAGCCGAUGGAUGUUGAUGCUAUUGGUGCUCUGUCGUACAAAGGAAAGAACAAAGGAAAGGAUCCCAAAGGAAAGAACAAGGGCAAGGAUUACAACAAAGGAAAAGGCAAGGAUGCCAAAGGCAAGCAUCAGCAGUAUCCCAAAGGCAAGGACCAAGGAAAGGGAUGGAACAAUCAACAGCAAAACAAAGGCAAGAACAAAGGCAAGGGGAACGUUAAGAACGACAGUGAAGUUUGCUUGUAUUGUGGGAAGAGAGGGCACUGGAAGAGAGAUUGCUACAAGUACAAGAGUGACAUGGCAAAGGGUAUCAAACAGGUUGCUUCUGGAGAUGAUGCGACUACAGUGAAUGAUUCAGCGUCCGUGGCAGCAUCUGCGUCCACAGUUGCGCCGAGUCACAGUGCCUCCAAUGCCCAAGCCCCUAGGCGAAUCCAGAUGAUUUCGAGAUUCGAUCACUCCGACCUCGACCUCACCGACCUCACGGAGAUCGAUGAUUAUGCAGAUGCAGAUGCAGACUCUGCUGAAGAGUGUGUGUUGGGGUUUGGAGGCGUUCUUCGUGCGGUUCAGGCUGCAGGUUGUCUUCAUGCUAGUGCAGAGUUCUUUGAUCUUGCAGUCGAUGAUGAUGAGAGCGGUUCCAGCAGUGAAGCCUGGAGCAUUACUUUGGAGUACAGUGCAUUCGACUUAGACAGCGAGUGUCUUUGUGCGAUCUGUGCUCGGAAGGAUGAUGCCUUCGAUGAUUUCAAGGCGGGGAGUGUCGAUGAGGCGCUUCCGACUUCAGUGCAUGAGAGUUCUUCAGCGCGUGUGAUUCCAAUGUCAGUGCAUGAGAGUUCGUCAGCGCAUGUGAUUCCAAUGUCAGUGCGUGAGAGUUCGUCAGCGCAUGUGAUUCCCACUUCAGUGCGUGAGAGUUCGUCAGCGCAUGAGAUUCCAGUGUCAGUGCAUGAGAGUUCGCACUCAGCGCAUGUGAUUUCCAGUACAAUGUCAGUGCAUGAGGGUUCUGCUCAGAGCGUUGGUGAUGCAGUUGCCGAUGCAGCAGUGCCAGUUAACAGCAACAAUCGUGCACAUGUGAUUCCGAUGUCAGCGCAGAGUUCGUCAGCGCAUGUGAUUCCGAUGUCAGUGCAGAGUUCGUCAGCGCAUGAGAUUCCGUUGUCAGUGCGUGCGGUAUCUAAGGCUCCCAAGACGCUGGACAUAAUCCUCGACUCUGGGGCCGACUGCAGUGCGUUGCCUAUGUGCUUCGGGCACGUGGGCGUUGAAGACUGUGAGGCCAUGAAGGGUUUGUACGUUGAUGCUCAAGGGAAUCCGCUUCGUACUGCUGGGGUUCGCAUUGCUGAAGUGCAGGUAGGCCAGCUUAGGUUCAAGGAGAGAUUCGUUAUUAGCGAUGUUACGAUGCCACUGAUCUCGUUGGGAAAGCUGUACAGGGCAGGAUGGUAUGUGUUACCCGAUGAUGGCGGGCUGAAGCUCACGAAUGGCAGACAAGGAGAGGCCGUUUGCUUCAAGAAGCAGUCGUGUGUCACUGGGCAGUGCACUUUCUUCUUUGCCCGUUGGGACUUGGAGUCGUUUGGGGCAUCGAUUGUUCGUGCUUAA